AUGGGUCAUCUUCAUAAAAAAUGGUGACUGUCAUUUCCCAUAAUAAUACAUAAGUCCUGUUUCUGACAAAUCGCGCCUUAUGUAGAAUGAAAUGUAUAGUUCGAAGACGCCCUGACAACUACGUGAACCCAAAGUGAGUGUAAACAAGGGUAGUGGGUGUGGCGUAGACUCAGACGGUACAUUGUGUAAUGACCUGUUACAUGUAGGGAAUUGGCGAACUGGUAAGGUUGCUAUUUCCAUUAAUAGCGGGACUGAAGUAGCUGGGACACAGGCCAUUGUGCUGUCCUGUAGUGAACUUGCCAGUAGAACCGGAGACCGGACAGUGGCAAGUUUACCCCACAAAGAGGUGAGUUCAUUUUUAUUAUCUUAGAUUUUCUGUGGGCCUCCUACAUUUGACGGCAUCUCGCAUUUAUUUUUGCGCGGAUCCAUCCAUUCUCAGUUCAUAGGGUAUGCGCAUCCGUACUGCUGCAGAAAAUACGUUACCCAAUAGUAAUAAAUAUACUUAAACUGAAACACUGUCGCCUUGUUGUCUCACGUUGACGCAUACUGUACCGGUAUCUGUAAGUAAUAAACAGAUUGUCAUACGGGUUGGCUAGCUUUCCGACUAAAAGGUAAUUCGUAUAUUCACUCUAGUUGAAGCCGAACACUUUGUAUAUGUAGGCCUUUAUUAUGGGUGCAUUUAUAUAAAUAUAAUAUAUUUGUGUAAAUAGGCUAUAUAUUGUGUAAUUACACAGAGACAUUUGUAGAACAUUUUUGCCGUCACCUCGGCAGUGUGAACUAAAUAUUCUUAAAACAUGUAAGGAUCGAGCCUACUCUAUAAAACACUCUAUGGCAAUUUUGUGUCCAGUUCUAACUGCCUCUGCUUCCAAUUUAUAACAAAAAACCUGCACUAUCAUAUAAAUCCAUAUUAUAUUCAGUACCAAUCAAAAGCGUGGACACCUACUCACUUCAAGUUUAUUGAUUUACUUUUGACUAUUUUCCGCAUUGUAGAAUGAUAGUGAAUGCCUCAACAGUACGGAAUUACACAUGGAAUCAUAUAUUAAGCAAGGUGUUUUAAAAAAUAAAUUAAAAAUACAUUUAUAUUUUAGAUUCUUCAAAUUAGCCACUCUGUGCCUUGAUGACAACUCUGCACACUUGACAUUCUCUCAACCAGCUUACAUUUCUGACUAAAGAUCCUGAAGGUUUUGCUCAUGUGCAGGAUUCUCUACAUAGAUUUUCUUUAUGUAGUUGCCGCUAACUCUUCUGCUACUACUUCGCGGACCUUGUGGGGGUGAUCAUCAAUCUUUGUCUGGUGUUUAGGACUCUACACACUUACACAUGUUGUAGGCUACAACAAACGUGUCUUUUUUUAACAUGUAACAGUAAGAUAUUGCAAACAUAAGCAGGGCUCAAGGAGGCCAAUUUGCACACAAUUAAUCGUCAUCGCAAACAAGCUGCAGGGUUUCAGUUACGCUGUUUACAAAUAGGAGACAGACAUUCUUUACAUAAUCAUGUCAAUCAAUUUUCAGAUGUGCAAGACAAGUAGCAAAAGGAUUGUGAAGGAGAAGUUCAAGAGCAAAUGUGUAAUGUGUGGAGUUUCAAAGGGUGUAGAGUCAGGAGGUGAGCAGCACCUGCGAAUAGAGUCUAAUAUCUAUAGGCAGGAUGGGAUCCACUCAUGCACAGAAGCUCCUGGAUCCAUAGCAGCAGAGAUUAUUUUGAGAAGGGUCUGAGAAAGGGCACAUUUACAGCCUUGGCCUAAUUGAUAAACAGGCUGUUACUGUAUUCUGGCACAAGCACUGGUAUAACUUUUUUAAUAUAGCUGAAUCCCAAAUUAGGUAACGUUUUUUCCCCCCUGUAGCAUAUGGUCAGCUUGUGUUUGUUCAGUUUAACAAUGUUGCUUAUUUUUAAAUAUAUGUUGCUUUUUUAAAUAUAAAAUAAGAAUUACAUUUUUUUCUAUCUACAAGCUAUUCAUUUCGCCUCUGUGACAGUGUUCUCAUGUCCCCUUUGAUUGCAGUAAAUUUAGGUACUGCAAGAAAACAUUGUAUGGCUUUAUUUUGAAUUGAGAUUGCUGUUUUGGAUUCUUUCAAACCUCACAUUACACCAGCAUUAUUUAGCAUGGAACAUUAAAUACAUUAUGUACAAUAGACCCCAACACUCUCAAUCUGCACAAUCUGAUAAGAACAUUAUACCCUCCUCAAAUGUCUGUUCUCUUUCCUCAUAAUAUGUAUCUAAGUGGACAUUUUGACAGCAUUGACAAUAAAAACCAAGAUGACGUGUGAUGUUCGAGUGAAGUUUGUUCAGGGUUAUGUGUACUGGAUAUGCCUGCACAUUUUAUUUAACUACAUCCAUUUGUAGACUGCUCCUUUCUGAAGUGCCUGUCUCCUUCUACACACCUCUAGCUCCUGUGAUUAUCCCCUCAGUACCCUUCCAGGAUGUACUGUAUGGCUCUGGACCUUCUCAUUAAUGAACAGGCAAACGUGUAUUGAGUUUUCCAGUGACAUUUUCUACUUGCCAUUGGUGCUGCCUCUAACUGUUUUUCUUUCCACAUGAUUGAUGUUGUGAUGUCUGUUUUGUGUUUCUGUCCAUUAUGUUGUCUGAAAAACCAGGCUAUAGGCAACAGUGACUGUUAAGCCGAAGCAUUUGAAAAUGGUGGGAGGCAACGCGGAACUCUAGAAAGACUACGCAUAGUCCUCUUCUGCCAUUGUUACAGCCAACAUCCUCCUUUCCCGCUUUCUGUCCCUUUGUUUCCUUCUAACUUCCUGUCUUUCUCUUUGUCUAUCCCCCUGGUCCUUUUUCUGUCACCUUCCCCGUCUGUCUUUGUCUCCAUUUCCUUUCCCCACCUUCCACUGUAUUCCUCACUCUGACCUCUGGGACGUUGUGAGAAUGGACUUUAAGAAUGUGAAGGAGUACCUGGGCUGGCUGUACUACCAGUACCUGCUCAUCACUAGUAUCUAUGUGCUGGAGCCCUGGGAACAGUCCAUCUUCAACUCUGUGCUGUUCUCCAUCUUGGCGAUGGUUGUCUACACCUCCUACAUGGUUGUGCCUGUCCAUGUGCAUCUGGCACUUGAGGUCUUCUCUGGGAUCUGCGGGGAACAGCCAGAAAGCACCAUGGCCCUAAUGAACUAAGCAGCUGAUAGGAGGAUGAGAUGGAUGGCGGAGGGCAGGGAGGGAAAUUGGGAAGAGAUCUCUUAAGUUCUUGACCAACUCCAAUACCCAGACACCCCUUCCCCUCUAUCCAUGUACAGUGCUUCCCCAAAACACAACCCUUUCAACAGGUGGCUGAGUUUAGGGUGUUUCCAGACAAUAUUCUUUGAGAAUUCUCCGUGGUGUUACACAGUAAAUCAUAACGCACUUAAAGCAUUUGCUGUGAAAUACUGUAUAAGUAAGAAUAAGAUUAAUUACGAUUCUAUAAUAGGCACUGUUGGUAUGCCGGGAAGAUGAACGUUGUGAAAGAGCAAAUAUUCAUAUAACGCAGCUAUUUGUUGCAGGUUGGAUUUUUUUAUUGACUUGCUUUACUUCAUGGUAAUUCUCAUGAACACAUUAUUGAAUUGAAUGAAAUGAGUCGAAGUGGCCUGAAUGAAAAGCAUUGUCUUUGAGUGGCCAACCCACCUGUUCUCCCAUCCCUGCAGAUGAAAAAAGCUUUAAUCCAAGCACUUAUUGUAUGCACUAGUUGAUUUGUUAAAGUAGCAGUUGAAUUAAAAACUUAAACAUUUCUUUCCCUCCCAUUACCAGUGGAUUGUAAAAGGUGUGAUUUAAAUCACUUAUUGAAUCACUUAUCUCUGGGCACAUUCUGCAUUUUGCAUGCAUUCAAUUCUAGAAACUCACCUUUGUGACAAUGUACGAGAGUAGCCUAGUCAUGUUAGAAAAAAAAUGUCUAGGACUCCCAAACGUCCAUGUAACCUGGUUAAACAUUUCUACCAAAAUAACAAUGUUUGCUUGCAAUACUAUUCUUCAACCAUUAGUUUGUGUGCACUUGAAAUGUUUUUGUACCUACUGAGUCUUUUUUGUGGCACACCAUGUGUUUUUUAAAGACAUUAUUAUGUCACGUGGGUCCAUAUUUCUUGACUUCUGUGUCACAUCAGCUUGGGUAGGAUUAUUUUCCUGCUUUAGCAAAAUGGCUGAAUUAAAGUUAGACUAACAGCUAAAUGAUGCUGUCAUUAGCAGCGCUACAAACAUUUAGAUGAGUGAGAUGAAAGACUCACUGUAAUAGUCACACUAUCUCUGCAUGGGGUUUGCCACAGAUAGGAAUGGAGGCCAUGUUUUGCAUUGUGAUUUGACACACUGAGCUGUUGCAAAAAUUGACAUACUAUGCUGUUUAUUUUCUGCAUAUACAUCAUUUUGCAGAGUCUACCUUUAAGAUACAGCAUCUGUCCAUGCACUGGUAAAGCUAGGCGGAUUACAAUGUUAAUACAACUGAUUGCAGUUAUUUAUCCUUUUUUUUAUUUGUUUGUGGCCAUUCAAUGUAGGCUGUUGAAUGCUAAAAAAAACAAAAUACUUUUAUAUAAUGUAAAGUAGCCUAAUUGUUAUGCAUAUUGCUUGAUUCUAGUGGUAUUAGGAUAAUGAAUCUGUUCACUGUGAACCUUCAGGCAGUCUAACAUAUGUUAUAUUUAUAUAUGAUUUUUCAUUGCUGGUUUCUUCUGAAAUAUAAAUAAAAAAUGCUGUGUAGCUC